UGGCGAGGGGGGCGUGGUUCAGCGGAGUCGGCAGCGGGAGAGAGAGUCAGGAGACGAACGGUGAGUGAGUGGGUUAAAUGCAAAUGACGAACACCUGUCUCUUGUUUCAGUAAUUGGUGUGGAGAGAGUAUAUAACACCAGGAGAAACAGGAGUGGGAGAGAGAGAGACGGACUACUGACUGCUGCCCCGCUGGUGAUCUACGAGUGAGAGACUUCUGAAUGAUUUUUGACCGCUUUGUGCCUGUCUGCACCCCUUUUGUUUUGAAUUGUGAGAAUUAGUGCAAAUAAAAAGCAGUCAGUAGUCAAGCCGACCCUGUCCUCUUCCUUCCUGAAUACUGAACUUUGCUACACUGGUGCCGAAACCCGGGAAGGAAGACGGAAGCCGCCGCCAUGCAAUCGUCCUCCGGAUCGCCAUUUGCGGAGAUUAUCACCUCCCUCGCGGUCAUGCAACAAGAACAACACCAGGCCCUGCUGGACUUGAGACAGGAUCAAGAGAGGUGCUUCCAAGUCGUUGUUCAAGCCCAGCAGGAGGACCGCGAGAGGUUCCGGAGCUGGAUUGACCGGGAGGUUCGACCGGAAGCCCUGGAACCUCGAGCUGUGCCCGCCCACCUACCACUACACAAAAUGGGAUCUGAGGACGACCCGGAGGUUUUCAUCGAUCUCUUUCAGAAGACGGCCGAGCUGUCGGGCUGGCCGCGGGACCAGUGGCCGAUGCGCCUGGUCCCGCUGCUCUCCGGGGAGUCCCAGAUAGCGGCACAGCAGCUUCCGGUGCAGAAUCUCCUGGUCUUCGACGACCUAAAAAGGGCCAUCCUCCAGCGGGUCGGCCGGAGCCCUGAAGAACAUCGCCAGCGGUUCCGUUCCCUGGAACUGGGCGAGUCCGGCCGACCGUUCGUGUUGGCCCAACAGCUCCGGGACUCCUGCCGCAAAUGGCUGUUGGCUGAGGGAAGCGACGUGGAGAAGAUUGUCGAUCGAGUGGUACUGGAGCAGUUCAUUACUCGGCUCCCACGGAGGACAGCAGAGUGGGUCCAGUGCCACCGCCCCACGUCGCUGGACUCAGCCAUCCACCUCGCGGAGGACCAUAUGGUGGCGUGCCCAGGGGUCGGCGAACCCCUCCCAUCUGUCUCUCUCUCUCCGUCUUCCCCUUCUGUCUCUCUCUCUCGUCCUGUCCCUCUCCCCAGGUCCCGCCCACCUGUACAUCCUCGAGUCCCGCCCCGGGGGCGGGGCGGAGUUGACCCGAGCCAGUUUGGGGGUCCCAGAGCCCCGCCCAGGAGGGCGGGACUGACUUCCGCUGGACAGGACCCCGCGCCUGUUUCUCCGCUCUCUCCACGCCAAUCAUUUACCCCACUCCCUGCCACUGGGGCGGCGGGGAGGUCUGGGCCAGCCUGUUGGCGUUGCGGGGACCCGGAGCAUUUCGUGGACAGGUGCCCAGUGAUGGAGGUUGGGACAAUGGUCCGGGUCCCGGACGCCCCGCAGGCUGCCCCCGGUCAAGCUGGCUGGUAUCAAAUACCUUAAUUGGUGUGGAGAGAGUAUAUAACACCAGGAGAAACAGGAGUGGGAGAGAGAGAGACGGACUACUGACUGCUGCCCCGCUGGUGAUCUACGAGUGAGAGACUUCUGAAUGAUUUUUGACCGCUUUGUGCCUGUCUGCACCCCUUUUGUUUUGAAUUGUGAGAAUUAGUGCAAAUAAAAAGCAGUCAGUAGUCAAGCCGACCCUGUCCUCUUCCUUCCUGAAUACUGAA